AUGGUGGAUAGCGAUAUCGAUUCGGAUCGACCUUGUCGCAUCCUCGCGGUCUCAAUAUUCUGCUUGUUUCUGACUUGGGUUGUGGUUCCACUACGCAUCUACUCGAAACUCUGCUUGACCCGCGUGUUUACUCUCGACGACAAGCUGUUGUGCUUGGUACAGGCCGUGUUCACGACGUAUCUCAUCACAUCAAUAAUGGGCGUUGCCCAUGGUCAGGGUCAACACAGCUCACAUGCUAAUUAUUUAUACGCUGAUAGUAUUUCUUCUGCGCCGAGAUUCUCUAAUUACAUAACAACGACCAUACUAUUGAAACUUUGCGUUGGCAUCCUCCUUCUGCGCAUCGCCAUCGUUCCGGCACACAUCCGGAUCUUGCGCAUCCUUCUAUUCGCGACUGUCCUUUUCGGCGUUUUGUAUCUGCUCCUCGUCUUCUUUCAGUGCCGACCUAUUAGCACAUUUUGGGACGAAAGCCCCCGCGUGCCGGGCCGUUGUUUCGAAAAGAGCGUCGUGCUCGGUAGCACUUUCACGGCGGCAAUAUUGAACUGCAUUGCGGACAGUACAUUUGGUCUUCUGCCGCUGUUUAUUGUCUGGUCGCUUCAUAUGCGCAGAAGAACAAAAGUACUAGUAACUGUCCUGCUUAGUUUCGCAUCCAUUGCGAGCAUCGCAACAAUCAUUCGCGCAGUCACUAUACCAUCCAUCUUGAGCGAAGAAAACUUUCUCCGUGAUACCACAUACUUGGCUGUCUGGAGCGCCAUCGAACCUGGAAUAGGCAUAUCAGCAGCUUGCGCGCCGCCUUUUCCUCCUAUUUUCCGACAGCUGUUCGGGAACAAACACCGACCGGGGCACGAUAGGGGCAUCUGGCGGACAAGAUCGCUCCCCACGAUUGCGACGACAACAACGACAACGACAAGAACGUCGAAAAAGUGA